GCCAGCCUGAACCUCGACCACCACGACUCCUUUCCCUCGAGACCUACCUACCGCCAACAUGGGUAACGCAAACUCGCAGAUGCUGGACAAUAUAGUGUCGGGCUCCAAUUUCGACCGCGAGGAAGUCGACCGCCUGCGCAAGCGCUUUAUGAAACUGGACAAAGACAACUCGGGCACCAUCGAGCGCGACGAGUUCCUCUCGCUUCCCCAGGUCUCCUCGAACCCGCUGGCCACGCGCAUGAUUGCCAUUUUCGACGAGGACGGCGGCGGAGACGUCGACUUCCAGGAGUUCGUGUCCGGGCUCAGCGCCUUCAGCAGCAAGGGCAACAAGGAGGAGAAGCUGCGCUUCGCCUUCAAGGUCUACGAUAUUGACCGCGACGGCUUCAUCAGCAAUGGCGAGCUGUUCAUCGUCCUGAAGAUGAUGGUCGGAAGCAACUUGAAGGACCAGCAGCUGCAGCAGAUUGUCGACAAGACCAUCAUGGAGGCGGACCUGGACCGCGACGGCAAGAUCAGCUUCGAGGAGUUCACCAAGAUGGUCGAGAACACGGACGUGUCCAUGAGCAUGACACUGGACCAAUUCUAAGGCACCUCGUUCCUCCCUUCUACUGUUGUCAGGGCAUUGGGGCAGCAUGGCGUUUGGGUUUUGGGCAAGGGACAUUCUUACGGCAACGAAAGCGGCAUGAUGACGCUAUGUGGGUGGGCAUGGUGGCAGAGGCCCUGUCCAAGGGGAGCAAUUCAUUGAGCGGCUGCGUCCACUCUGUCACUGUCUUUGGAGACGAACCUGUUCAUGUGCGAUUUUG